AUGCUUAUUGGCUAUACGCGUCAUGCAUGUUUCAAAAAAUUUCAAACAUCUAAUUCUAGCUCUAUUCCAUAUUUUCUGCAAGGCCGUAUUCCUUCCUCAUUAUGCAAUUUAAGUUCCCUUUGGGACCUCUCUUUAUGGAACAAUAGUUUGGAUGGAACAAUUCCGGAAUGCAUUGGAAAUUUGAGUUCUCUUUCUGUGCUCGACUUAGGGAUGAAUAAUUUUCAUGGUAAAAUACCUGAAAAUUUUGUUAAAGGUUGCUCGAUACUCAGCUUUCGAAUCAAGAACAACCAAAUAGAAGGGUCAUUACCACGAUCUUUGGGUAAUUGUAAAGACUUGAAGCUUCUCGACUUUGGAAACAACUAUUUGAAUGACACUUUCCCAAACUGGUUAGGAAAUUUGGAUCAGUUACAAGUGCUUAACUUGAGAUCAAAUAGAUUCUAUGGUAAGGUGGAUAGCUCUGAUGUUACCUUCACUCGUUUGCGUGUCAUUGAUGUUUCUCGUAAUAACUUCAAUGGCUAUCUACCUAUGAACUUUUUCGAAAAUUUGCAUGCCAUUAGAGAAGUGAAUGAAAAGAAAGUUAAACAAGAGUACAUGAUGGAUAUAAUAGAUGAUGGAACAAUAUAUAAUGUGCUAAGUUUAUCGUUUACAACAAAAGGGUUGGAAACAGAGUUUGGGAAACUAUCAACCAUAUGGACAAUUAUCGACUUUUCCAACAACCAAUUCUCCGGAGAAAUUCCAAAGACACUUGGAGAGCUUCAUUCACUGAUUGUCCUAAACCUCUCUCAUAAUUGUUUAACAGGUCCUAUCCCAUCAUCAUUUGGUGAUUUGUCGGAGCUUGAAUCAUUAGAUCUCUCAUCAAAUAAGCUCCAUGGAAGAAUUCCAACAGAGUUUAAAAAUCUUGGAUUCUUGGAGGUGUUAAACCUUUCCCAUAAUAAUCUAGAGGGACCCAUUCCUCAAGGCAAACAGUUUGAUACUUUCACUAAUGAUUCCUAUAUAGGAAACCUGGGCUUAUGUGGGCUGCCAUUAUCAAAAAGCUGCGAUAAUGGUGAGAAAAAUCCAGUUAGAUUUGAUACAGAUGAUGAUGAUGAUGAUGGAUUGAACUGGAAAUUUUCAAUAUUAAUGGGUUAUGGAUGUGGAUUGGUGCUGGGAUUGAGCAUGGGAUACAUUGUAUUCACAACUGGAAGACCAUGGUGGUUCAUUAGGACCUAUGAGAGAGUUCAACAAAGAUUUGCAAAAAAGGUAAAAAAGAGAACUCUUUGAAGGAUUUUUGUUGUAGAGCAAACAUUGGAGA